GAGCGAUCACGAGCCGAGCUGCAGCAUAAUCCGCCAGAUCUGCGGCGCUUAUCAGUGGCGUCCGGCUGGGAUAAAGAGAUACAGAUACAGGCGGAUCGACUGGAGGCAGACUGGGUCUGGCAUUCUAUUCCGGCAGCGGAUCGCAGCAGUUGAUCGUCGGAGAUCGAAUCGCAGGGAUUGGCGGCAGCUCCUGCAAAUGCAGAGUUCAAAAUUCAAGUGAAGUUCCCAACCAGUCAAUCCAUUCACCAUGGCCCAAGUCGAGGCGCGCACUGUGCUGUGGUACAUGACAUUCAUGGGCUUCAUCGUGAACUACAUGAUCCGGAUCAAUCUGAAUAUUACCAUUGUGGACAUGAUUGCCGGGAAGGGUGCUAUUGCCUCAAAUGAAACCCAUGAGAACUCCACGGACUUGGCUGCCCUUGCGGAACUAAAUGAACGAUUUUCGUUGGAGCGUUGGUUUUUGGACUGGGCGAAUAUCUCGUACGAAAAGAAUGGAUUUCACUGGAACGAGAGGCAGCAGGGCGCUCUGUUGGGAUCAUUUUUCUGGGCCCACUGGACUCUGCAGAUCCCCGGCGGCAUCCUGGCCACCAAGUAUGGUACUAAACUGGUCUUCGGUUGGUCCAAUGGCAUCGGUGUGUUUUGCUGCUUCCUCAUACCCCUCGUAUCGUACUGGAGCUACACGGGCUUGAUUGCCCUUCGAGUGUUCCAGGGGUGGAUAACAGGCUUGGCCUGGCCAUCGAUGCACGUGCUCACCGCCAAAUGGAUUCCGCCCAACGAGCGCAGCAAGUUUGUCAGUGCUUACUUGGGCAGCUCGGUGGGCGUUGCCCUGUUCUAUCCGAUCUUCGGCUAUAUCAUCGAUUGGACGCGAUGGGAGUGGGUCUACUAUAUCUGCGGAAUCGUGGGCACCCUUUGGUUCAUCGCCUGGCAGUUCCUUGUGUUCGAUAGUCCCGCCGAGCAUCCCCGCAUCGCGGAUUCGGAGAGGAAGUACAUCGAGAAGUCCUUGGGAGCCUCCAUUCAGGGCAAGAAGGGACCCACUCCGUGGAAGGCGAUUGCCACCUCCCGUCCGGUUUGGCUGAAUGUGGUCGCCCAGUGGGGUGGCAUCUGGGGUCUCUUCACUUUGAUGACCCAUGCGCCGACUUACUUCAGACUGAUUCACCACUGGAACAUCCGAGCGACGGGAUUCCUCUCAGGACUGCCGCAUCUCAUGAGAAUGCUCUUCGCCUACGUCUUCUCCAUGUUCGCCGACUAUCUCCUGCGGACGGAUAAGAUGAGUCGCACCAAUGUCCGCAAGUUGGCCACAUUCAUUUGCUGUGGAGUUAAAGGCUUGAUAGUCUUAGCACUAGCAUACUUUGGCUACAACGCGACGGCUGCCAUCGUGUUGGUCACAUUGGCCACCAUGCUCCACGGCGCCGUGUCAUCCGGUCCUCUGGCCUCCAUGGUCGAUCUGUCGCCAAACUAUGCGGGCAUUGUCCUGGGUGUUAGUGGAAUGAUUGGUGGAAUGCCAGGCUUCAUAUCGCCCUUCAUCGUGGGCCAACUCACCCACAAUAAUCAAACCAUUGAUGCCUGGAAGAAUGUGUUCCUGCUUAGCUCUGUGAUGCUAACAGGCAGUGGCAUCUUGUACGCGUUAUUCUCGGAAUCCAAAUUGCAGCCGUGGAACAGUGGCUGUCACCAGCUGCCCGAUUCCGGGCUGAAGGAACUCCAAAAUCUGGGAGGCGAUAAGGAGGACGAGGAGGAGAAGAAGCCUCUCAAAUCUGACCAGGAUGAGAAUAGCCCUGCCGUCGCUGAAAAGGAGACUAAAACCAAAUCUGAUAGCGAUGAAUAGUGACAUGGGGCAGUCACACUUUGUUUUAAUGGCAUUAUAACGUGUUGAUUAUGGCCACGAACCACGUCUGAUAGCGCUUAUCGUUAUUUUGUGUAAAUAAUUUCCCGUGAAUCUACAGUGUUUAGCAUCUCUAACCUCUAGAUUUAAGUGAGUUGCUACCUAUACCAUAGGAUUACUUAUCUUCUCUUCCCGAGAUUCCCUUUGUCCAACGUGCGUUUUUAGUUAAAUGUAAAUAAAAAUGUUUAUGAUUUA